AUGACUGUUGGAGUAGAAGCAAAAGGAAGAUUUCGGAGGAUGAGAAAACGAACCGGCCGGGGAAAAGGCAGCGGCGCCCCGUGGAACACGUGCUCUAACACUCUGGCCAGCAACACCGUGUACUCCUCCAAAAACUCCGUCACUAGCGCCACCGCAGCACUGCUAAUAUACAACAUAAUCAUAUCAUCAAACGCACCCCUCAAGCAAGAUUUCCCAGGCCCUUCAAACCCAUCAAGAUCUUCAUCAGUUUCAAGAAAUAAAGUAGAAUCCAUGAUCAAGAUGACCACAGAAUCAUCACCAUCAAGAUUCAAGAAAAAGAAGAGGCUGUUCCACACUACAGUGACAGCAUCGGACUCGAUAUACAGCACAUGGCAGUGCAGGGUGAUGUAUUACUGGUUCAAGAAACACAAAGAUAUGCCCAAUUCUGAGAUGGGUGGCUUUACAAGAAUCUUGCAUUCUGGACAAUCUGAUCGCUUCAUGGAUGAGAUACCCACAUUUGUUGCUCAGCCCCUCUCAUCUGUCAUACAUCAGGGAUAUAUAGUCCUGAACAGACCUUGGGCAUUUGUGCAGUGGCUUCAACAAGCAAAAAUUGAAGAAGACUAUAUAUUAAUGGCGGAGCCAGAUCACAUUAUUGUCAAGCCUAUACCAAACUUGUCUAGAGAUGGCUUUGGAGCUGCAUUCCCUUUCUUUUACAUUGAACCCAAGAAGUUUGAGUCUGUACUUCGGAAGUACUUCCCCGAGGAAAGGGGACGAAUAACGGAUAUUGAUCCCAUUGGAAAUUCCCCAGUAAUUAUUGAGAAGGAUGCUCUACAAAAGAUAGCUCCAACAUGGAUGAAUAUUUCCCUGGCAAUGAAGAAGGAUCCUCAAGUAGAUAAAGCUUUUGGUUGGGUUCUUGAGAUGUAUGCAUAUGCUGUUGCAUCAGCAUUACAUGGGGCGCAUAACAUCUUGUACAAGGAAUUCAUGAUUCAGCCUCCUUGGGAUACAAAAAUUGGCAAGACAUACAUUAUUCAUUAUACUUAUGGAUGUGACUAUGACACGCAGGGUAAUUUGACCUAUGGAAAGAUUGGAGAGUGGAGAUUCGACAAACGAUUGUAUUCUAAAAUAUGGCCACCAAGAAACCUUCCACUGCCACCUCCUGGUGUCCCUCAAAGUGUGGUUACCCUGGUGAAAAUGGUGAAUGAAGCCACCUCCAAUCUACCAAACUGGGGUUCUUAG